CUCCUCCUAACCAUCACAUUUUCUUCAAUCCACGGCAAAAACCACACCCCCUCAAACAAAGUAGACAUAACUAGUCCCCAGAUACAGCUAUGUUCAGACGCGCGAGAGAAACCGAGCCCGAUCGGUUUUCAACGCGACUGAGCAAAACCCUCCACCCUCUCCCUAUGAUCCCCUGGGGAGCGCUCGCAAUGUGCUAUCUGGGCGUCCCCAUUGUUGUUGGGGCCUCAAUGAUCAUAGUCCAAGACACCGACUACCCAACCGCAAUUACGAAGCUCGAAAGCGCAGGCUUCAUCCGAACGGUUCCAAAUCGUGUCCCUCCGCCGGAAAUCAUGGCAGAUCAUCCAAACCCACAGCAAGUGUUGGAGGAAAUCAAUGCGGGCUAUAAAUGUCUGGAUCGGUCGUGCGCGGUAUUUGAUUAUCCAUGUGGUAGGCCGGAAGAAGAGAACAUGCAGGUUUAUUUGUUUCCGGAUUCGUUUGCGCAUGGCUUUCUCCCGUCGAAUGGAAUUGAAGAUGCGGCGCGAUAUGCAAUCUACGACAACAUCCACUACCCAUUGGAACCGACACUAAGACGGAGUUUUUCUGCGUGGGACGAGUCGCUGAGGGCCUGGGUCGCUAUGAUGACGGGGUAUCUUGAGGUGAAUAAUGAUAUCCUGGAUCAGUGUCCGGAUCAACAGGCAGUGGAGUGGUAUAGCCGCAACUUUGGGCGGAUCCGGGAGGCGAAGUUCGGGCCUAUUGAUCGACGCAUUUCGAAGCGUCUUGGCUCGGGGAGAGAGAUGCCGGUGGAUAUGAGGGGGAACCCUAUUUAA